UCCGAAACUCCACAGAUAUUAAAAAUCAAGCUUUAUUAUUGAUUGAAUACAACUAAAUAGUGAUAUUUUUUUUGGUGCGUUAGAGGAGAUUGUUGAAUAAGGUGGGCCUCUGGUGGCAGGAAGCGGUUGUUAUAUUAAUGGUUCCGCCUCCGGCAGACAUAUUGCUGAAGUUACCGGAGCAAAUUGUUCAACAGAAGUAGGACGACAGCGGCUCAAAGUUGUCAACAUCUCCAGCAUAUACACUGCGUCGUACGGAUAAACCACAUGGAAAACACGAUGGAGCCAUCAGCCAGUCCGGCCAAGGAUAACAACUAUAGGAUGAACCGCUAUAAGAACAAAGCGCUGAACCCUGAGGAGAUGAGGCGCAGGAGAGAGGAGGAAGGCAUUCAGCUCAGGAAACAAAAACGAGAACAACAGCUCUGCAAACGGAGGAACGUGGAUGUCCUCACUGAAGAGGAAGGCAUGUUGGAGAGCCCCCUCGUGGAUUAUCAACUCAGCAUACCAGUCACAGAAGGAGUCAUCACUCGAGAUAUGGUUGAAUUGCUUUUCUCAGAGGACCCUGAGCUUCAGCUCGCCACCACGCAAAAGUUCAGGAAACUUCUCUCUAAAGAGCCAAACCCACCUAUUGAUGAAGUUAUUAACACAAGUGGAGUCGUUGUGAGGUUUGUGGAGUUCCUUAAGAUGAGCAGCAACUGCACACUACAGUUCGAAGCCGCUUGGGCUCUGACUAACAUCGCAUCAGGCACGUCCAUGCAGACCAAGACUGUGAUUGAGGCUGGAGCUGUGCCCAUCUUCAUAGAACUCCUGAAUUCCGAUUUUGAGGAUGUGCAGGAGCAGGCUGUGUGGGCUCUGGGGAAUAUCGCAGGUGACAGCGCCUUGUGCAGGGACUACGUGUUGAGCUGCAACAUCCUUCCACCACUACUAGUGCUUCUGACUAAAUCCACGAGACUGACCAUGACCAGGAACGCUGUGUGGGCCCUGUCUAAUCUCUGCAGAGGAAAAAACCCUCCCCCUGCAUUUGAAAUGGUGUCGCCCUGUCUGCCUGUUCUGUCCAGACUUCUUUUUAGCAGCGACCCAGACUUGCUGGCAGACGCCUGCUGGGCGCUGUCCUACCUCUCCGACGGCCCCAACGACAAAAUCCAGGCCGUCAUCGACUCCGGGGUCUGCAGGCGCCUCAUCGAACUGCUCAUGCACACCGACUACAGGGUGGCCUCUCCUGCCUUGAGAGCUGUGGGGAACAUUGUAACAGGAGAUGACAUCCAGACGCAGGUGGUGUUGAACUGCUCUGCCCUCCCCUGUCUUCUGCACCUACUGAGCAACGUGAAAGAGUCCAUCCGCAAGGAAGCCUGCUGGACCAUCUCCAACAUUACGGCUGGAAAUCGAGCGCAGAUACAGACUGUCAUUGAUGCUAACAUCUUUCCGGUGCUCAUUGAAAUUCUACAAAAAGCAGAGUUCAGGACCAGGAAAGAGGCCGCAUGGGCGAUCUCCAACGCCACCUCGGGAGGAACACCAGAACAGAUCAGGUAUCUGGUCAACCUGGGCUGCAUAAAGCCGCUUUGUGAUCUCCUCACGGUAAUGGACUCUAAGAUCGUCCAGGUGGCCCUCAACGCCCUUGAGAACAUCCUCCGGCUGGGCGAGCAGGAAGCCAAGCAGGAGAACCACGGCACGGGCAUUAAUCCGUACUGCAGCCUCAUCGAAGAAGCUUACGGUCUGGACAAGAUCGAGUUCCUCCAGAGUCACGAGAACCAGGACAUCUAUCAGAAAGCCUUCGACCUGAUCGAGCACUACUUUGGGGUGGAGGACGAGGACAGCAGCCUGGCCCCUCAGGUGGAUCAGGACAACCAGCAGUUCCUGUUCCCCCAGCAGGAGGCGCCCAUGGAGGGCUUCCAACUAUAAGAAUAAGGUUCACGCUCAUCCAUGUGAUAGUGGGGGGGCACAGUGUUUUGAUGUCACACCUCUGGUCUCCGUCGCAGUACUCUGACUUAAAGCCCGCACACACACCUUUCUGCCACCGGCUUUGUGGCUAUCUUCAUGGGAGGCAUGAUGAUGAUGAUUCGGAGACUUUUGAAAUUCCAUUCCUGUUUUUGAGACGCCCACCUCCUUGAUGUCAGCCUGACAUCCUGACAGUGCAAUUAAACAAAUGUACUUUCGAAAUUUAUUUUCCCUUUUAAGUUCUCCCCUCAAAUAUAUAUAGAUAGAUAUAUUUCUUUUAUGGAAAGUACUAGUCUGCGAGACUUGGGGAAGGAAUUUAGGUAAUCCAUUGCAGGAGGGGGUUCAGACCCUGAUCCGUUUUUGUUUUUUAAACUGGGAUUUUUUUUUUUGUGUAAGUAGGCAGGAGAAAAUGUUAAAAGGCUCGAGUUGAGAUUGUUAGAUGAAAAUUCAGGGUUCCUGCAGGCGGUUUAGUUGGUGUUCAAAUGCCCGUCGUGUGCUGUGUUAUUAAUAGGAUUACAUUAGAAUUGUGAGGUGAUCUAACAUGGAAAAAUCUGGGCGUGGUAGCUGCAAUAAAAGCAAAUGUAUAUUUAGAUGAGCGGAUAUAGGAAGGUGACAAUUCCGAGAUAUGCCUCCCGGUUUCGUCGCUGUCUCCGCACAAUCCCGUGCCUCACUCGGCAGGAAGCAGUCAUGAUUGAGUAGAAGUGGUGUUGUCAUGUACUACGUAGUACUAGAGGAUGUAUAGCUUUUGAAAGGUCUUAUGCAUCACUUAGGUGGGACGGAGAAGCAUUUGCAUGGUUCUAAUGUAACCCUGCUGUUGCGUAGCCAGUCGGCACGGGAUGUCCGCGCGCCGUUCGAAGUUAUAGUCCCUUUUUUUUUUUUUUUUUUUUUUUUUUUUUUUUCCCUUCCAUUUGAUUAUUAAUGUAUUUGUUUGAAUGCAUGCACACAUACACACACCCACACUUGCAUUCAACACUUGAAAACACUGCACAUCACACAGAUAAGUGGCUAUUAGCAAGCAAAACAAAAAUAAGUUUCCAUUGUCUAUAGUUUCAGUUUUGGAUUUCUUUUUUUUUUUUCCCCUUUCCAGGACAUUUUUGCAACUUUUUAUAGUUGAAGCCAAAAUUUUGGGUCUGAAAGUACAACUGUGUAUUAAGGCUACAGUGGUUGAGGGGGGGAUUAUUAGACUGUUGACAAUCUUAUGAUAGGACACACUGAAUAUGUGUCAGAUCUCUGCAUAAAGGAGCAUAUAUACUAUUCCAUUUGUGGACAUCUGGGAAUUUUGCCAUACACAAAAAAUAACCAUGUAAAAACAUUAUGCUUUUUUUUUUAAUUGUCUAAAUUGAUGGAAAUCUCUUUGUUGUAGUGUAAUGGUGUUCCCCCCCCUCCUCAAUUUAUGAUGAAAUUUAACUAACAGGGUUUCUUUCCAGUGUGGCCUUAAUACUGCCCCCAUUAGAGCUCAGAAUCUCUAAAUCUCGACCCUAUUUGAAUCCCAAAAUAUUUCCCCCAAAAUAAUUUUGCAAUAUUAUGACUGUUCCGGCCGAACUUUGUCAUAUUGCAAGGUAUGAAGGAACACAUGGAAACUUUUUUUUUUUUUUGGUGAUUGCUGGUAGCCACUGAGACUUUUGGAUGGUUUCAAUUUCCGACGUGGGGGGGGUCAAGUAUACGACCCCAUCGCUACUUCUGCUCCGUGCGAGCCCGUGUGAUGUUUUGACUGAGCGGCACUGCGAAGAAGCGCUCGCUUCGUCCUCGAUCGGUGUGCCGGAGCCUCUGUGUUCCGUGGACAGACAAAGAUGACUCUCCCAAUACUCGUGAUUGUGUUUUCAUUUCCGGUAGCACCACUCAGUGUAUCACAAACUCUUCUCGAUGUUCUCCACAGAGCAUGUGCGCUCUUUAAAAACGACGCAUAGAACAGGGGUGGGACCAGGUUCCCUGUCCCCGUUUUUCCGAGGUGAAAGUACAAUAAAUUGAGCAUCGACGGCUUACUUUACCUCCUCUACCUGACAGAUGUGGAGCAGGAUUUAUCGAGAGUUCAGUUUCACAGCAAUUACAGCACUGUGUGCGCUAAUAAUUGUCGAGGGGAAAUAAACCAAGCGUUGUAUUCCACUAAACUGCACUCCUAUUCACAAAAGUGCCAAUCUGACCAACAAAGACUGGAUAUUCUUAUGUCUUUGACCUCUAUUUUUUUUUCUUUUUAUAUAUAUUAUCUUUUAUUUACUUGAAUGUGCACACAUACUGUGCAAAAAACAUUGCUGCUCUAUUUUCCUUCUUUUUUUUUUUUUUAAGUAAUUAUUUUUGCCAUUAUCAAAAAAAGAAAAUAAAAAGGUGGCUUUCCUUUCUGCGGGCACCUGAUUAACAAGUGUCCUGUGUGAUCCUGAUGCAUUUAACUGCUCUCCACCUGCUUACAAUUAGUCUAUAGAUGGGUUUCACUUUGCAUUUAGCCGAGCCCCAGGAAAUCGCUCUGACGUGGCUGUUACUUGGGUGAUGUGUAUUGUCCGCAAGUGGAGGGUUUCAGGUACCGACCUUUGUUUACCAAAGUUCCUUUCCCGAAAUCGAAGGCUGAGAUAUAUCCAUUCAAAGUCCCUCUCUGAUUGAUCGACUCGCGUUUGACUUUGAAGGGAGUCGGUCAAUCAAGCGGCUGCCAACCCGCGAGACUGCAAUAAAUGUCCAACAAUCAGGCACUCGGGGAAGCAAACAUGACUUCCUCUCAUACUUGAUUUUUUUUUUUUUUUUUUUCCUCUACGCUGAGAAAUAUCUGACAUUGAGAUUUCAUGGCGAUUUACAUUCGAACAGGGGUGGGGGAACCGACGGCAUGUGUGCCACAGAGCAAUUGAUCUGGUCAAUUUGUUUGAGCCUCAAAACAUGCUCGUAAUGUAUAAUUGAGAAGUUAUGGGUGGCUCAUAUGUAAAUGAGGGCUCAAAAUUUAAAAUCCAGGCCCGAAGUGGUCACCCACCCCUGUGUGAAAAGGUAUUAAUUAUAUGUAUGUUGUGAUACAUUGACAGGGAUUCACAUGCAAUUCUACUCACUUCUGAGAAGUGGACAAAAAAAGCCUCAUUUGGAAUAUGUGGCAGGAAAAAAAAAUAAAUAGGCACGACGCAGCCAGCAGGAAGCCUUUUUCAGCUUUUUCCUGAGCGGGAUAUUCUGAGAUAUAUUUUUGGAUAAUGGUGUUUAGAGUUCAAAAUGGGAAAAAAAGAAAAAGCUGCCUAGUAAUCAGGAAAUCAUGUUCCAGGUGGAAUCACGGAAAAUCCCAACUCUUAAUGUUUUAUGUCUUCCGUCCUGGAAAGUGUUGCCAUCUGUAUCAAAAGUCCAACAGCAUGUAAUGUACUGCGCUACAAAUGUUUACAAUGUUUCUCUACAACUUUUCAUAUAUGCGACAUCACUGACCAGUCCUCAUCUUGUCUGCUUUGGUCCUUCUCAUUUCUUUUUUUGUGUAUUUAUUUCCUCUAAUCCUUUUUUUUUUUGUCUCCCUUCCAUUUGCUCCCAACUCCGACCCAUCUUUAUAAACUGUGACUCGACUCGACUUAACCGACGGUAUGAAUGAGUGACAAGAAACACUUUCAACUGAACAUAACACACAAACAUGAACAUGAAACAAACAAAAAAACAUGGGGGAAAUGUAAAGAAAAUGUUAAGAUAUGAAAAUGUUCAAUGAAUAUACUGUGCAAAAAAAAUAAAGACAUUAAGCUUUGUG